AUGUGCUACUUUGACCAAACAAGAUGGGCUUGUGGCUUCUGGCGUUGGGGUCACUUCCGCCAGCAAUGCAACAAGGAAUACCGGAUGGGGGAGACCUGCGGUCUCAAGCUUGUUUACGAAACCAAGGAGCAGGAGGAUGUUUGCAAACUGUGCCAUGACAUCGAGAAGAAACAGCGCCGGUACGACAAGAUGUACCGCGAUGUACAGCGCUGGCAGCGCGAAGGCGGCCGCCCCGCCACUGUCGAGCGUACCUGCGCCGACAUGGAAGACGUCCUGGAGCAGAUUGCCAGGAUGAGAGAUGACCAUCGCCAGCGCACAGCCCAUCUUGGGUAA